AUGAGACCACUUACUUCCCGGCUCCACGCUGUACGCCGGGGCUACUCAACUCAACAUGCCGCUACUUCACUGGAGGCUGGAAUCGCUAAGAUCCUGCACACCAGCAAAAAAAUCCCAGACCACCUCUCGGUAACACCAUCGCAUCUUCUGGACCUCUUGUUCUCGGACAUCUUCCCAUCGCCUGGAUCUUCUUCAUUCUCCAAUCCAACACCACUGAACUUUCCCACAUCGUCAAGUCCUGUUCGAUCGUUGCCUCAGGGUCACCAUCUAGUCUACUUCCCUCUGCAGACCCCGCCGUCCAGGCUCAUGCCAGACGGUACGGAUGCGGAUCACUGUCCCGGAGCGCCGUUUACGCGUCGCCUAUGGGCGGGCGGCGAGGUCAUCUUCCGCGAGGGCUUGGAGCAUGAGCUUUGCCUAGAUGGACGGCGGGCGGAGUGCAUCGAGAGCGUGGAUGAUGUAAGGGCCGAGAAGGGGAGGGUUUGGGUCGAGCUCUGGCGUCGGUACGCGGCGGCAGAUGCCGCCGGUGGUAACAAAAGUCCCGCAAUCGAGGAAAGGAGGACGCUGGCUUUUCUUCCAGAUGUUGAUACUUCCGCACCGACUCGGCGGGUCUUGAAACCCCCCCAUAAGUCGACGGCGUCUCUCUCUCUUACGCCAACGCAGAACCUACUCACCAACUUCAGCGCCCUGACGUACAACGCGCACGCAAUCCACUUGGACCCAGCGUGGGCCGCGAAGGAAGGACACGCGGCGACGUUAGUUCACGGGCCCCUUUCUCUCGCGCUGAUGCUCACGUUCCUGAAUGGGUUGGGCAACGGGCAGCGCGUGCGUUGGUACGGGUACCGGAACCUUGCGCCGCUGUAUUGCGGUCGCGAGAUGAAGCUCUGCGUUCGCGAAAAGGAAGCCGCACGGGUUGGGAGCGAGAAGGAAAGGAGGUGGGAUGUGUGGAUUGAGGGCGACGACGGGGGUAUGGCAGUCAAGGGGGUUGCCACGACUGUUGACGUCUAG